AUGAGACCUGUUGGUACAAUACCUUCGGUGUUGGGCAAAGUGUCUCAAUAUCACAUGUGUAACAUUGCAUAUACAUAUCCUAUCUUUCUUGAAUCUCACAGCAUGAGGAACCGCCCACCAUGCUGUCCGUUCCCUAUCAUAACCCCUCACGGAAGCGCAUCGGCCGAGUCAAAAAAGCCCCCGUCCGAUCAUACGCUCGUCCAUACCACAGUAGACAGACGGUAUUGGACGAAUAGACUUUUCUACACGCUUGAGCCCAAGCUUUCGUAG